UCGUCCCUGUGUAGCGCAGGAGAGCUACAAACCGGUCCUAUCGCCGCAGACACCCCUCGCUCUGUUGUCUUUCAGCACAGCUGCAUGUUAUAGCCUGACACAAGAAGCUCGAUGUCUGUGGCAAAUGCGAAACACACUGUCCUGAAUCCGGUGAUCCCAUACACAGGGCCCAUACCUGGAGGCCUGCACCCUGGGGAGAUCAUCAUCAUCCAGGGCACUGUGCCCCCAGAUGCUGACAGGUUUCAGAUUGACCUGUCGAGCGGCUGCAGCACCAAGCCGCGCUCUGACGUCGCCCUCCAUUUCAGCCCUCGCUUCAAAGGCUCGCCCUGUGUGGUGUGUAACUCCCUGCUGCAGGAGAGCUGGGGCAAAGAGGAGACGCUCCAUCAGCUGCCCUACAAACGCGGAGCGCCCUUCGAGACCAUCAUCCUGGUGCAUGAUGACGUCUUUAAGGUGGCUGUAAAUGGUACUCACCUGUUGGGAUACAAGCAUAGAAUCCCACUCAACAGGGUCGACACGUUUUCUAUUUCUGGGAAAGUCAGGGUGCACGCUAUUGGCUACAUCCCAAACUCAGCAAUAUAUUCAGAAUCAGGUGACUUGAGCCUCCCUUACAAAGGCAGCAUACUCAAAGGACUGAGCCCAGGGCAGCACAUCACAAUCAAGGGACAGGUCAGCAUGUAUCCUCACAGUUUCACAGUAAACCUCUGCAACAGCAGGACGGAGAACAUCGCUCUGCAUCUGAACCCCCGCAUGAAGUCAGGGGUGUUCAUCAGGAACUCAUACCUGAGUGAGUCCUGGGGUCAGGAGGAGCGGGAGCUGCCCUUCUUUCCCUUCUCGUCAGGGGAGUACUUUGAGAUUCUCAUCCUCUGUCAGCCCCAUCAGUUCAAGCUGGCAGUGAACGGCUCACACUUGUUUGAGUUCAGACAUCGGGUGCAGGACCUGAGCAGCAUCAACCAGCUGGAGAUCAUGGGAGACCUGGAGCUGACUGAUGUUAAACUGUGGUGACUCGGGACUCUAGACAUACACAGAAACCAGCGUUACAGACACUGUUGUGUUCUGGUUAUCAAUGCUAAAUUAGCUUAGCCACAAUGACCCAGAUGACUUUGGGUUUGAAUUUCAGGUCCAGUUAGUCUCACAGCAGCCACAGGUCAGUGAUCUUAAGCUAGUCUAGCAUUUUUGGUGGCCAAGGACCAUGAACAGGUCCUACCAUAGACUAAAUGAUCCAUCUUUCCAGCCCAGGCUAGAGGACUGAUGCAUGAGAGCUAGCUGUGCUGGAGCAUCAGGCUGUGAGCCCACCAUGACUGUUUACAGCUACAAGUUAGGUUUGCCUUGGUUAAUUUCUUAUACUGUCUCUAGUGCAUCUCUGCUGUGAUACGCCAUUAGUGCGUUGUAUAAUUAAAACAGGAAAUAUAUGUACAUGUCAAUAAGCACUUAAUUACUGGCUUUGUUUAAAUGUCAUGACAGUCGGUAAAUACAAGCAAUGAAUGCAGCUGAAGGGCUCCAUUUUUUUGGAGCAAGGCCCAAUAAAGACUAAUUUAUUGUACAGCUAAUUUAAAUAUGUUCAAAACAUCCUUCAUAAUUACUACAUAAUUUGUAGCGGUUAUACUCUCUUCAUUUGGGGUGGCAAUGUUAAAAAUUUUUAGUAUAUGGUCAGUUAAUAUUUUCAUCUCCAGAUUUUUUAACAUAAAAUUUAACUACAUGCCCAGUUCUGCAUUAUUUCAGUCAACUUCAUAAUCCUCAGGAUUCUUUAACAUAUGACAUCGCCCCGCAUACUUGACAUUUAAAUCAACUUAUCAUGUGAUGGUGCAGCAGAACUCAAGCACAGUGCAGUACAGGGUCAAUUUAAAACAUAACUAUUUAAAUAACCUAACAAAUACAGUUUUUUGCAAUCUUUAUGCAAGCUAUAGAGUAUACUAGAAUCCUGCAUAUGUGACCUUCUCUUUUCUCACUGUUCCCCCACUCCUGCUCCAAAAUGAGAGGAAACAUCCCAGGUGAAAAAAAAAUGUAAUCUGGGAUAUUUAAUUUCCAAUGUUACUGGGGGUCUUCCGUUUUUUGCAUUGUCUGUUGUAAUUGUUGUAAUAUAUGUAUGAAAA